AUGGGGGAAGAAUACGCCAGCAGUAGGUUUUGCACUCUAAUAAACCCCAGCAUAAUCGGAUACGGGCACACAGUGUGCUAAAGGCAGACUGACUGCAAACAGAUAACCCCGUGACACAGCCCAGCCUGUCCUGCGUGAAACAUUGUUGCUCCUGGUGGAAUGUGUGGAAGCAGCCGGUGAGUGAGGAGAAUUCUACACUAGAAUCCUGGAUCCUGGCUGGACCCCUUGUUAUCCCACUGUAGCAGAGCGAGCCGGCACAAGGGGUUCCUGGUCACAGAAACAAUCUUAAGGGAUCUUUCAUAGAGGAACCAUUUCUGGCACUGACUUUGGAACUUUUUGGCUCUGGCUGCAUUGUUAGGCCCCCCAUCUUCUGGAGACAAUGGGGAGUGAAGGAGGAAGCAGUACCCUGGGACCUCUGCAGGUCGGAGUUCACCUCAUUUUGUUGGUUUGCAUCCUAAAACACUCACAUUGCCAAGCCGAGGUGACCACAGCUCAGACCAUGAAGCACAUUGCUGCCGAGGAAGGAGGGAAUGUAACAGUUAAUGGGAUUGGGAGCAAGCAUCCACCCCUGGUCUUUAACCAUGUCUACAAUUUUAAUGUCCCUAUGGGCUUUCCCUGUACGGUGGAACCUGAAUCCCCAGAGGAUGGGAGUUGGGUAUCUCAACAGCAGACAGAGAAUUCAGCCGAUGCUGUGAGUCAGAUAACAUUUACACAUAGCAUUCGCGUCCCCCAAAGGCUGUGCCAGUGCUAUACUGCUCCACAUGCUGUGCAACAUUUACUCAGCAGAAUCGAAGCUCUGGAAAGGGAGGUGAUGCUGCUUCGAGAGCGUUGCAAUGACAGAGGAUGUCAGGAUGCAGAAGCCACAGGCCUCACAGAAUUUGCACCACCCUGCAGCGGGCAUGGAAAUUUCAGCAUGGACUCCUGUGUAUGCAGUCAAGGCUGGGGUGGAGAGAACUGUUCAGAACCACUGUGCCCCCUGGGCUGCUCCGCACGAGGCACAUGCAUAGAAGGCAUCUGUGUGUGUGAACCGGACUACACAGGAGAAUGGUGUACGGAACUUUUGUGCCCAGAAGAAUGCAGCCCGCACGGGCAAUGUCAGGAUGGGCAGUGUGUGUGCCAAGAUCCAUACACCGGCCUUGGCUGCACAGAACUUCGAUGUCCAGGUGACUGCUUAGGAAAAGGGCGCUGUGCCAAUGGGACUUGCGUUUGCCAGGACGGUUAUGCCGGAGAGGACUGUGGACGCAUGUGGUGUGUGAAUGCCUGCAGUGGAAGAGGGCAGUGCCAGGAUGGUGUCUGUGAGUGCGAGGAGGGAUACACCGGUCAAGAUUGUACUGAAGUUGCCGCUCCGGUGGAUUUUGCUGUGACUGCAGUUGGAGAUCACUGGAUGGACUUGGCGUGGCAAGGAACAUCUGCAGUGACAGAAUAUGUUAUAUCGUACCAGCCAGCUGUGCCAGGGGAAUGGGGAACCCUUCAACGACUUCAGCAGAGGAUCCCCGGAGAUUGGAGUACCGUCACCAUUAGGGAACUAGAACCUGGGAUAACUUACAAUAUCAGCGUCUGUUCUGUCAUCAGUGAAAUCACCAGCGAACCAGCCAGUAUCACAAUGUCAACACAUAUUUCCCCACCUAGAGAUCUUCAGUUUAAGGAAGUGACACAGACCUCUGUGGAAGUGCAAUGGGAUCCCCCUCUGUUCCCUCUUGAUGGCUGGGAGAUAAGUUUCACACCCAAGAGUAACGAAGGAGGACUGACAGCUCAGCUUCCUAGUAGCGUCACUUCUUUUAACCAGACAUGGUUGAAGCCUGGUGAGGAGUACACUGUCAGCAUCGUUUCUCUGAAGGGCCAAGCGAGGAGUGCGCCCACAUCUGGAACUGUAACCACUGCAAUAGAUGGUCCAUCACACAUACUAGUUCGAGAUGUCUCAGACACAGUUGCUUUUGUGGAAUGGACCCCAGCCAGAGCAAGACUCGAUUUUAUCCAGCUACAAUACGGACCUAUCAAUGGAGAUGGAGAGAAGACCACUUUCCGCUUACAGCCAGCUCUGAGCCAAUACUCCAUGCAAGUACUGAGGCCAGGCUCCAAAUAUGAAGUGUCUGUAAGAGGUGUUCGGGGCGAUACACAAAGUGUCCCAGUCAGUACAAACUUCACUACAGAGCUGGAUGCCCCAAAAAAUCUACGAGUGACAUCCCGGGCUUCGUCCACAUUGGACUUGGAAUGGGAUAACAGCGAAGCAGAGGGUGAUGGAUACCGCGUGGUCUACAGCACACUAGCUGGGGAUCAGUACCAUGAGCUCAGGGUGCCAAGAAAUUCUGGCCAGGUUACAAAAGCCACACUUACUGAUUUGGUACCAGGAACUGAAUAUGGUAUCGGGAUUUCUACCAUGCGCGGCAGCCUCCACAGCUCCCCUGCAACCAUGAAUGCGAGAACAGAGUUGGACAGUCCAAGUGAUUUGAUGGUGACAGGUUCCACGGACAAGAGCAUUUCCUUGACCUGGACAAAAGCCCUUGGACCUAUUGACCAUUAUCGCAUCAUUUUCACUCCUUCUUCUGGCAUGGCAUCUGAAAUCACUGUCCCCCAUGAAACUUCACAGUACACACUUACAGACCUGGACCCUGGGACUGAAUAUACGAUCUCAAUCAUGGCUGAGAGGGGGAGACAGCAGAGCAGAGAGGCAACUGUGGAUGCAUUUACUGGUUUCCGUCCAAUCACACAGCUUCAUUUCUCUGCUAUCACAGCAUUCACAGUGAAUGUCUCAUGGACAGAUCCUUCCCCUGCAGCUGAUGAAUUUAUUAUCAGCUAUACUCCUAUCGGAAGCAAAGAACAUAUAGAACUCUCUGUGGACCCCUCUCUACGUCAAAUCACACUCAUGGAUCUACAGCCUAAUACAGAGUAUCUAGUUACUCUGCUGCCUGUUCAUGAACCACAUAAGGGAGAACUAGUGGAAGGUACAGUUACUACAGGGUUGGCUGCUCCAGAGGAUCUGACAGUCAUGAAUGUGACAGAAGAUUCCAUCACCGUGGCUUGGACACCACCUCCUUCUUCUUUUCACCAUUAUCGACUUACUUAUCAGUCAGCCACAGCAGGUCGAAUGGACAGUGUGGUGAUUGGAAGUGAUCAGACCCGGUACACCCUGACAAAACUUCAGCCAUCUACAGAAUACAGAAUUAGCCUUAACAGUAUCUGGGGGCGGAAGGAGAGUGAAAAAGUUAACAUCGCCUCCUUAACAGCUUUAGAACCUCCAGCUGGUCUCAAAACUAGUAACAUCACUGCCACUGAAGCUAUACUGCGAUGGGAGCCAACAAGAACAGACGUGGAGACAUAUUUCAUUAUAAUAACACACAGCACAGACUCAGCUGAUACAGUGAUCCUUGAUGGAGACAGCCAGGAAUUUCAACUGCAGAAUUUACUCCCUCGAACAAAUUAUUCAGUCAAACUGACGGCCAGCAUCGGACCGCAAAACAGCCGAGCCAUUGGCAUCAGCUUCAACACACUUCUGGAUCCACCAAUGAAUUUGACAGCCACGGAGGUAGCAAGGACAAGUGCUUUAGUCUCAUGGCAACCACCCAUUUCAACGAUCGAGAACUAUGUUCUGUCAUAUAAAUCCACUAAUGGGACUCGGAAGGAACUGAUUGUGGAUGCUGAAGACACAUGGAUCCGUCUGGAAGGUCUGUUGGAGAAUACUGAGUACACCGUGACUAUCUUAUCAGUACAGGAUGGGGAGCGAAGCUCUAUGAUUCAGACUGUGUUCAUCACUGAGGGGAGAUUGUUUUCUUAUCCUCAGGACUGUGCCCAACACUUGCUGAAUGGAGACACCCAGAGUGGUGUGUAUACCAUCUAUAUUAACGGAGAACAGAGUCAAAGUGCAGCAGUCUACUGUGAUAUGGUUACCGAUGGGGGAGGCUGGAUCGUGUUUCAGCGACGUCAAAAUGGACUAACAGAUUUUUUCCGAAAAUGGUCCGAUUAUAGAGUGGGUUUCGGCAACCUUGAAGAUGAGUUUUGGCUGGGAUUGGACACUCUGCACCAGCUGACUUCUCAAGGCAGAUAUGAACUCCGAAUUGACAUGCGUGAUGGUCAAGAGAGGGUAUAUGCAUAUUACAACAAAUUCUAUGUGGGAGAUCCACGCAGUAUGUACAAGUUGCGUAUUGGGGACUACAAUGGUACUGCAGGAGAUUCCCUUUCCUACCACCAGGGGCGCCCUUUCUCCACCAAAGACAGAGACAAUGAUGUUGCUGUGACAAAUUGUGCCUCGUCCUAUAAAGGAGCGUGGUGGUUCAAGAACUGUCACCGAACUAACCUGAAUGGAAAGUAUGGAGAGUCCCGACACAGUCAGGGAAUAAACUGGUAUCACUGGAAGGGCCAUGAGUUUUCCAUCCCAUUUGUGGAAAUGAAGAUGAGACCGUACAAGCAACGGGCUAUGAAAAAGAGAUCCAUCCAGCUCUGAGCGUCUCUCGCCUAUUUAGCACAGAGAUCUCCACACCCUGUUUAUCUAGUGCUGUCCCCAUUCAUACCCACAAGCCCAGCACUGCCAUUCUUACAACACUCAAACCAGCCAUCAUUCACCUGUCACCCAUAUGCCUUUGUCCUACAUUGACCUCAUACCACACUUUUGUUCAGUGCCAACAUUCUCCAAAAAGUUUUGCUCCUGUACUUACCAGCACACACUCCGUUGUAAAGCCCAUGCUGGUUGGAUGAAUACCUGCCUCUUUCCAACUCUUUUUAUUGUCCGACUAUCCCAUCACCCUCAGACAGCCUUGCAAGCAGUAGCCUUAGUCCAACAACUGCCGGAGGACUGCUGGCUGUUAACCUUGAUAUUGACUUUCCACCACAGUAUCAUGUUCAAAACUAUUAAUUUAUAUGCAUUUAUCUGACUUCUGUAUUCAUAUUUUAUUUUUGCUCUACUUCCAGCAGCUACUAAUAUUUCCUUCCAUGUCAGUUCCUGAAUUCUUGGCUUGUUUUAAUUAUCUAAUGCUAGUCUUAACCCUCUGCACAUGGACUUGGCACAGUGCACCUGUCGACUUCCUUUGUGUUCUGUGCGACCAGCAGUCUUUUUUUUCUCUCCUUUUACUACCCAAGAGAACUAAUAUUCUUACUACUCUGAAGAAUAAUGGUCUUGUUAACAAAUGGUGUGCCAAAACUCUAGCCUUUUUCCUUGUGUAGCUCCAAAUCCUUUUGAUGAAUGGAGAUUUCUCUAUAUAGUUUCCUAUCUAUUGCAAUGGGAGGGGGAGAUAUUGCUUUCAUGAAGCCGAAGACAAAGCAGCCCAGGACGCACCCCUUCUCAUUCCAACAUCCUUGACGUCAGUCUAGAUCCUUCCUGUGGGAUCAAGCAUUGCUCAUAAUUGGUCAAAAGGCACAGAGGUGCCUUAUUGCCUUACAAACUAGGGGUUGAAAUGGGAUGGGCUCGAUACUAAUCAUGUUUCUUACAAGUAACCAAAUCUAGUGUUUUUUUAUGUGUUUCUCUAUUUUCAUCAUUAUUAUUUAUGUUGCUCUGUUCUUCUAGUACAAAAAUUCUUGUCCAACAGUAUACGUACGCCGGGACUCAUGUAUAUCAAUAGCAAAUCUGAUUUUAAAAUUCUAAACAUGGAGCAAUCCGCACAGAGAUUCCAUCGGUUUCCAUGGUAUUUGCUCCAUUUGCAGAACCUCUGUGCCAGUUUUGCUCUUUAUACAUGGCUUCCCCUUGUUUCUUAAAGCUUGGCAGCAUGGCACCAAAUGAGGUGAUCGCAUUUAAUCCCAUUGCCGUGGUGACAGAAUGCAUUCAGAGCAAAAACAAAAAAAAAGAAGGUUCGGAAUGCAGGUACUAACUGCCACAGUAAGGACUGCAGAGAGAGGUGCCUGUGAAAGGGUUAACUGCCUUCUUUUUAUCUUGUAUCUCUAGUCCUGGAUGCUAUUAGCCGAUGUAUAGACCCUUUUUUAAUGCAUUUUCUAUACGUUAUUAAAAGAUUCCUAUGG